AUGCCAGCCUACCACUCAACUUUCCUCUCAGAUCCAGCUUCAAACGAAAGACUAGUUGGUAACUUUGCCCUUUCCCCAUUGAAAACUAAAUUCAGAGGCCCUGCAUACCCUGCAGAUGGUGACUAUGAUAUAAUUGAUGAAAUCUUGGAUCUUUUCAGAGCAAAUUCAUUCUUCAAAAAUUUUGAAAUUAAAGGCCCAGCUGAUCGUGUUUUAAUUUAUGGUAUAUUAUUUGUUAGUGAUUGUUUAUCCAAAAUAACUAUCAAUACUCCUAAGAAUGAAGCUCAUAAAAUCUUGACAAAUCUAUCCUUGGACCAUUUUGCUAUACCUGGAGAUGCUAAUUUCCCAUUAAAUUCAUUAUACCUAGCCCCAAGAGAUAGAAAUGAAUAUGAUUUAUAUAAAGGUUAUUUAACACAGUUCCGUCAAGAAUUAAGUGCAAGAUUGAUAGAGAGAAUUUAUAAAGAAGAUCAAUUACACCCUUCAAAAUAUUGGUUAGCAUUUACAAGAAGAAGAUUUAUGAAUAAGAGUUUAUAA